CAAAACGCGAAAUAAACAUCACAAAAAAUCAAAACAAACAGAAUAAAAUUCGCAAAUUUGUAAAGUUAAUUUUAAAUUUUGCAGUGCAAAUGGUGCAAAUUGUAUGAAAAACAGUGUUCAUUAGGUUGAUAAACAGUCCCUCUUGCCGCACCAACAAUGGAAAAGGUCGCCAACAGUUGCCGCCUGUGUCUGCAGCCGGAUGUAAACAACCCAUCCGGAUUGACCGACUUUGCAACCAACUCCGUAGACAGCGCUCCCUUGAGUGAUAAACUCAGCAGUGUUUUUAGUUUUACGUUGGAAAAAAUAGACGUCCUGCCCAAGUUAGUUUGCGGAACCUGCUGCACCAUGGUCGGUGACUUUCACGAUUUCUCCGAGCGGGUCCAGCACAAUCAGGAAUACUUGCGAAUGCUCGUGGACCAGCAGGAGCAAGUCAAGCAGGAAGCAAUGGACGGAGACUGGGACGGCGAGGAGGUUGGUCGAGGAACGGAGGUUGCCCCGGAAAUCGUAAAGAUCGAGCCGGAACUGCUGCCAGAGGGUGACUCCGAUGGGGACAACAGUGAGGGUGAAAACAGGUUGGACGAAUCGUCGGAAUCGGACUCGGAUUUCAGCGAGGGAGAUGACGAUUGGACGCCGCAAGUUACGGAGAGUAGAGAGGAAGAACCGGUGGUGAGGACAAAACGAAAGUACACGAGGCGAGCGCCGUUGAAGCCGAAAAAGGAGAAAAAGAAACCCGGACACGACCCCUCGAAAGAUUACCGCAACAAGCCGAAAGAGGAGAUUGAAGAAGAGGACCGACUGAUCUUGGAGUAUUUCAAGUUUGCUUGCGAACUUUGUCACGAUCCCGCCGAUACGUUUAUCGAGCUACGGAGGCACUUUCGAGAGAUACACAAUCAAAAGGGCUUUCAUCGGUGCUGCAACAAGAAACUGUUCAAGCGGUGCCAUCUGCUGGAGCACAUCCAAGUACAUCUCAAUCCGAACCUUUACGGUUGCGAUCUCUGUUCGAAGAGCUUCUCGACAAAGGAGUACAAAGAACUUCACUGGAUGCAAACGCACGCAACAGUCGACCGCCCCUUCAAGUGUGACAAAUGCCCGAAAAGUUUCAUCCAAAAAGGCCAGCUGACAUCGCACAUGGGUCGUCACCAACUGUAUCCGUGCACGCUGUGCGACAAAGUUCUCGCCGGAAAGGUCCUCAGCGCUCACAUGGUCAACAUGCACUCCGACGAAGGCCGAAUGAUCUGCGACACGUGCGGUCGCGAGUUCAAAACCAAGACCUGCUUCGACAAACACACAAAGCGACACAUGGGCGUCGUCGAAGACACCAGCAUAGAGUGCACCGAGUGCCACGAAAUCCUCCACAACAAAGCGACCCUCAAGAAGCACAUGAUCGCCAAACACACGCAAACAAACGAGCAGCACAUUUGCAACCAGUGCGGCAAGCAAGCGCCCAACAAGUUCGCCCUCGAAUCCCACAAGCGGAAGGUGCACUGCGAGGAAAAGUACUGCUGUGAAUUUUGCGAAAAGCGCUUCAAAAAUCCGACGACCCUCAAGGAACACCGCGCCACCCACACCGGCGAGAUCCUGUACCAGUGCUUGUACUGCACGACGACGUUCAACUCGAAGGCGAACUUUUACACGCACAUCAAGAAGAUCCACCCGGCCGAGUGGGAGCAGGAAAAGAUGGCCAAGAAAACGCAGCGCAAGCUGCAGCGGCAGCAGCCGGGACCGUAGCCGGGCGACGUUGGCAAGGUAUUGGGCAGUGAAUGAAGUGAACCAAUAAAAUGAGAUUGAUAAUAUUGUACUAAUCGA